GAUGUUUAGGUGUUUGUAUCAUUUUAAUGCUAUGUAGUUCAAACGUUCUAGCAAAAAGCUGCACAAAAAAGUCAGCAUGUUCUUGUCUUACCGAUUCUGGACAUUUGAUUGAUUUAAAACAGUUGGCGAAAAAGGAUGGAACCCCUGCAUAUGCAGAUAUAAUUGACCCUAAUGGACCAGGAGAUGCUUAUGCUUGGAAUCCAUGUAAUGCUUUUACUCUCAACGACUGUAAUAAUGUGGCAGUCUGUCACGAAGUAAUAUCUGGGCCAAUAUUCCAAUACAUACCAUUAGGCACACAAGACAGCGCAGAAUUCUCAUACGAUGGAGAUCAAUUGAAAAUAUCUUACAGUGAUACACAAAACGCCGAACAAAAGGCCGUAAUCAAUCUGAUAUGUGAUAAAUCAGUACACGGAGACUUUACUUCACUUGGACAGGACAUUCCUCCGACAGGAACUUUUUUGUUCCAGUUGAAGUCCAAAUACGUCUGUGAACCAUCCGGAUUAUCUAUAGGCUCUAUACUAUGUAUAGGGUUUGCAUCUUUAUUGUUUCUGUACAUAAUUAUCGGAAUACUCGUUCAAAUAUUUAUGCGUAAAGAAUCAGGUAAACGAGUUAUACCAAAUCAUGACUUUUGGGUUGCUGUACCAGUAUAUAUAAAGGAUGGUACUCUUUUUGUGAUUGGGAGAGGUAAAAAAAGAACAUAUGAUGCAAUUUGAUUUUAUCUUGCAGUUUAAUUCUUUACAGUCGUUAUUGGAAACUCAUUUUUGUUUCCGUGUAUCAGCUUUUUGUACAUGUGUCUAUCAAUCCUAUACAAUAAUAAUAUAGUUGAAAAAAAUUAUUCGGAGUUGUCCUUCGUUGCUUGAAAAAAAAGUGGUUUUCAAUAUAAAUAUUUCGAAGCAUAUCUAUUGUAAAUACUUAACCUACGUCAUUUUUAUACAAGCGUUGUUCGGUUUUAAAUUGUAUAACUGUAAAGAUUGUUAAAGUCAAAUCAGAAUAGAUUGAUAUGAUUCAUUUUACAACAUCAUAAUCAUACCGAUGAAGGAUAUCUGUUAUCUGAAUUUUUUAUAUAGAUACUUAUAUUUAUAUUUUUUAAUAUUGGUGUUGUUUUGUACACUUUUUAGGCGUAUACGCCUAAACAUGUCACAACUUUAUAACAUACAUUCUCCAUCGGAUGACCCUUGGUUAUACGGGGCUAACACCAUAAUAUAAUAUAGAUAAUUCGUCUCAAAUUCAGCAUAACAAUGUUAGAUCUGUAAAUUUGCGUUCGCAAAUUUUUGUUCCUCUCUCAGCGGGAUUCGAAUGCUUGCUUCUGUGGCAUCGUGGAACUUCGGCCUGCACUGUGUCCAGCGCCCUAGACCACUCGACCCAUGCCUGCACUGUGUCCAGCCACUCGACCUAGGGUGCUUGAUAUAUAUAUAUAUAGCCUUGUUGGUCGAGUGGUCUAGGACGCUGGACAGAGGUGGAGUUGCGAACGCAAAUUUACAGAUCUAACAUUGUUGGGCUGAAUUUGAGACGAAUUAUAUAAAUAAGAGCCUACACAUGUAUCUACGAAUUACCUUAGUGGUGAUGUUCAGUACACACUUGAAUAAUUUAAUGCCCUCUUAUAGUACGUUUGUAUUGUAAUUUGUUUGUUUAUGGAGAUAACUUUUAGGCGUUGUGAAAAUAAAGGCGAUAUUUCUAUUA